ACGCCGGUUGCCGCUGCGCGCCUGGCCACCUCGCCCGACGCCGCUGGCCGCGCCCAGCGCCGGCUCGCCCCGCGCCGAGGCCGAGCUCCGCCCGCCGCCCGUCCAUCCGCGCUGGAGGCCGCCCCGCGACGCGGUCGACUGCGCGGAACUCCGGUCCCGUCCCCGCGAAGACCUGUGCCGAGCUCCACCCAGCCCGAGGAGAGCAUCAUGCAGGAGCUCUGCUGCAGCGCCGGGCAAGCUCCUGUGCCGAGGCCGAGGCCGAGUUCCGCCCCCCGCCGCUCGCCAUCGGCGGCGGCCGAGCACCGGCAGUCAGCGCCGGCGGCCGCGCCCCCGCCUUGUCCCGCGCCACCAUGCGCGCCUGGCCGCUGAGCUCCGCCCGCUCCGCGAUUUCGGUACGGGAAACCACGUGGUGGGACCCGUUCUGCGUUCGCCCCCGCGCGCUCCUGGAUUUUAGUCAAGCUGGAGCUGAUUCAUAUCUGGAAUCUGGAUAAGAGAAAAUCGAUAGGCAGAAAAACAAAGUUGCCUUGACGACGAUGGCGCUGCCGGUGCCAAAUCCACUCCCAAGCAACAGCCCAAUCCUCCGUCCCCGCUGCAUCACCGCCGCAGCAAGAUCCCCUAGCGUCCAACCCCUCCCCGACGAGCUCCAGCUCGUCGCGGAGGUCCGCUCCCCGCACAACCACAUCCGCGUCGCCGACGUGUCCCCGCGCGCCGCGGGCCACCCGCUGGCCGGCGCCCGCCUGCUCCUCCUCGACGGCCCCGGUAACAUCCACUCCCUCUCUUUCCCUCGCCGCGCCCACCACUGCCCGCUCACCGCCACCUACUUCGACGCCUUCGCUACGCUUCCACCACUCCUCCCGCGCUCCUCCCUCGCCGUCCUCGGUUUCGGCGCUGGCUCCGCGGCCCGCGCACUCCUCCACUUCUACCCGGACCUCUCCGUGCACGGCUGGGAGCUCGACUCCGCCGUCCUCGCCGUCGCCCGCGACUUCUUCGGCCUCACCGAGCUCGAGAAGGACCAUGCGGCGCGCCUGUUCGUACACGUCGGUGACGCGCUCGAGGCCGAGGCGCCGCCCGGCGGGUUCGGCGGCGCCUUGGUUGACCUGUUCGCCAACGGGAGCGUGCUGCCGGAACUCCAGGAAGUGGACACAUGGCAACGGCUGAGCGGAAUGGUGGCACUGGAAGGAAGGAUGAUGGUGAACUGCGGCGGUGGGUGCGUGGAGGCGGAGGAGGAGGGGAGGGAUGGCGAGGCGGUUAAGGACGCCACCUUGCGGGCGAUGGCCAUGGCGUUCGGGAAGGGGAUGGUGUCGGUGAUGGACAUGGAUGAGAGCUGGGUGGCGAUGACGGGGCCACCCGUGACAGCGCCUGAGGAGGCGGCGGCGUGGAAGGCGCGGCUACCUCCAGAGCUGCGGAAUUUUGUUGAUGUGUGGAGGCCUUAUAAUAACAAAAGUGGUGAAUGAACUAGCCGGGAGAUUCUUCGCUCUUCUGUGGUUGGUUUCAAUAUUUCAGUAGCCACCGCUAGGCUGAUCGCUAAGAGCAUUGGAGGGGUUUGGAAGACCAAGCACUCCCGUUGGCGCCCGGAGGACGCCAAUUCGCCGCUGCAUCUCCUACACCGACAAGAACGUCUACUUUCUCUACGGAUCAGGCGUAAAUGGCUGCUGCUACUGCUAACGCUGUGAACACUGUGACGGGCUACCUAAAAUUCAUUGAGCCACUGAAUGUCAUCAACUAUCCAAGCUAGUAUAAAGAUGUUAAUGUUGCCAUUGCUGUGUGUGAGUAUGAUCUCGCCUUACGUUAAGACAAGCUAGCAGAGCCCGCUGAUCCCUAUGGUGAUCGUACUGUCAUUGAGAAGUGGGAGAGAUCAGACAGGAUGGCCAACAUGAUCAUUAAGAACACGAUCACUCCGGCCAUCUGUGGUGCUAUUCCUGAUAAGGAUCAGGAUGGUAAUGAUCUGAGCGCCAAGACAUACCUUGCCAAGGUGAAGGAGAACUUUAAGAGUUCUUCCAAGACUUAUGCUAGCACCCUGAUCAUGAAGAUGCUGACUUCACAGUAUGAUGGGCAAAGUGGAAUUAGGGAGCACAUUAUGAGCACGUGUGAUAUGGCAAAUAAGCUGAAGACACUGGAUAUGGCUAUCUCAGAUGGUUUUCUGGUGCACUUCAUCAUGACUUCUCUGCCAGUACAGUACAGUCCUUUCAAAAUAAGCUACAACAUUCAGAAGGCGACUUGGAGCAUGGCUGAGCUCAUUAGCUACUGUGUUGAGGAAGAAGAAAGGCAGAAAGCUGAAAGGAUGAAGGAUGCUGUCAACAUGGUCAGCGAGCGCUUUGGGCGUCUUAGCAUGAGCAACACUCCUAAGCACCAGGCUGAGUCUGGUAGCAGCAGGCAGCAUAAGAAAAAGUUUAAGGGUCAUAGGAGCAAGGCCGUGUCACAUAAGAAGACCUCUAAUGAGAGGCUGUGCAAGUUCUGCAAGUCACCUAAACAUGAGCAGAAGGAAUGCCAUGGAUUUAAGGAGUGGCUUAAGAACAAAGGUAUUCAAUUCGAUCCGAAGUAUAAGAAAGGGGGAGCGAAGCCUAAGAGUGGCUGAUGGCAAUGAAGUGAAGGUUGAAGGCACUGGGAGCUUCGAUUUGGAGUUACCAGGCGGCUUCAACCUUAGUUUGCAUGAUGUUCUUUAUGUUCCCAGUUUGAAGAGAAAUCUUAUUUCUGUUUCGCGUUUAGAUAAGUCGGGACAUAUUUGUGAGUUUGGCAACUCUGUCUGCAACAUUAAAUUUCAUAAUUUAAGUGUGGACCUUGGUCAUUUGCAAGGCGAUCUUUA